CGUGGGCGUGAAGGAGGCAAGAGGGCGCGGGCGUGAAAAGAUGUGAAAGGAGCGAGGGUGUGUCAGUGCGCGUGUGAGCGUGGUUGAGAGCGCAGGGCCUCGUCAGUCCGGCCGCGACCCGAGUGAGAGACGCACCUCGCGGAAGUUGCUCCGUCGAUCUCUCGCAGCCUCGUCGCAUCACGAGCUUCACUUUUUUGGUUUUGGUUUUGUUCGUUUGUUUGUUGGCGUCUUUGAUUGACCUCGAUGUCUGGGGCCACUAACGGGCUUCGAUUGUUGGGUUAUCUCAUUUUUAGGGAUUUACUGUGGAAACAAUGAUAUAUCGAAGGACUUUGUGGAACUAGAACUUUGGAAACUACUCAGUUGUGAAUCUUUUUUUUUUCUUCUUUUUUCAUUUGAAUUACUUUGGGUUUAUUAACAUUGUUCUAACUAUGCGAAGCAUGUGGUGUAUAUAAAAAAAAUCAGAUGCAAAAUAUACUCUUAUUAUGACUUUUAAAAACUCCAUUUAUGAACUGCACAUAUAUGAGGAAAAGUUACAACGAAGCAGAAUCGUCGAAAAACUGAUCGUGAAAUAUGUCUUCGCCACAAACACAGACUGAGGAAAAUCACACCACAAGUGCAACAUCACCAACCAUGGCUUCAGAGAGGGACAAAAACUAACUUUUUAAAACCGAAAACAAGCAAAACAGAACCGAAAGUCUAUUCAAGUCACCCCAAGCAAGGCGAUGGACGACCAAAGGGACGAGUCGGUACACGUGCCGCACGCCCGCCGCACAGGUGGUCCAGCCGCACGUGCUUUCGUUACACGUGUUUUAGCUGCACGUGCGCCGCCGCAGCCGCCACGGGAUCUGAACCGAAUGUGCUUGCUUGCCGUUGUUCUUGGCCUCGUCCUGGUCUUUCCCGUAGAAGAAGUGUGUGGCGUGGGGAGAGCUACCCAGGGGCCGGUGUUCUCCCAAGAGCCCCCGAGGCAAGUGCAUUUCACCAACUCUACUGGUGUGACCGUGAACUGUGUGGCAGACGGUACCCCUAUGCCCACUGUCACGUGGACGACGCAAGAUGGACGGCCAGUCGAGGAGGUCAUGGGUUUGAGGGAAGUUCUGUCCAAUGGCUCGCUCGUGUUCCCACCUUUCCCAGCCCAACGGUAUGACACCCAGCUGCAUGCAACGACGUACAUAUGCCGAGCCACUUCUGCAGGAGGCACUAUUUUGGCCCGGCCUUCGCAGAUAAGAGCAGUGGUGGUUGGAGAUUACGAAGUCCAAGUAUACGACCAGCUGGUGAUGUCUGGCAACACCGCCGUGCUCAGGUGUGCCGUACCUUCUUACGUGCGAGAGUACGUCACGGUUACGUCCUGGGUCCACGAUGAUACCUUUAAUAUCUACCCAUCGCUGCACGGGGACGGGAAAUACCACAUGACUCCCGAAGGCGAUCUGCACGUGCUGGAAGUGGGUCCUCAAGACGGCCUGUCACGAUACCAGUGUCGGACCCUCCACAAGCUCACGGGUCGCGCGCAGCUCUCCCGUACUCCAGCGAGGAUCAUUGUCACUGAGGCGCAAGGUUCCCUGCCGCCAAGGAUCAGCGAGCGGGCCGGGCGGCUGGUGGCACAGGCUGGCACUCGCGUCACCCUCCCUUGCGUGGCUCAGGGGCAUCCACCGCCGCACUACACGUGGUACCGAGGAUCGACGCCCUUGACGCCUAGUAGUGGGGUGUGGGCUGUGGGCGGGUCCUUGGUGUUAGGUGGCGUGGGCGUAGGGGAUUCUGGGGAGUAUAUCUGCGUAGCCAACAACAGUGCGGGCGAGACAAGGUUCUCCGCCCACCUGCUGGUCACAACGCCCUUAUCUGUGCAGGUGACACCGCGGGAGGUGCUGGUGGACGCGGGGGGGCGCCUCGAACUCAGGUGUCACGUGUCAGGUGAUCCCGUGGACACUGUUACCUGGUACAAGGACGGCGUCACGCUCAGGUCAGGAGGUCGCGUGAGGAUCCGCCCGCGGGAAUCCUUGCACGUGGCCCCCGUAGAUCCAUCCGACGCGGGGGUCUACCAAUGCGCAGCCACCUACGGCACGGAUUAUGCGCAUGCGUACGCCCAUGUUACUCUUGGUGCCGCAGCGCCUCAGCUGGUGUACCGCUUCAUCGAGCAGACGCUGCAACCCGGACCAGCUGUCUCGCUCAAGUGCAUCGCGACGGGCACCCCCACGCCUCACAUCACCUGGACGCUGGACGGCUUUCCCAUCCCACAUCCGCACAGGUACUUGAAGGGCCAGUACGUGUCAGCUCACGGUGACGUCAUCAGCCACGUCAACAUCAGCAGUGUGCACGUGACGGACGGCGGCACGUACAGCUGCACGGCGGAGAACAGCGCGGGCAAGGUGACCCACUCGGCGCGCCUCAACGUGUACGGCCCGCCGCACGUGCGUCCCAUGGGCAGGGUGUCGGCGGUGGCGGGCGAGACCUUCACCGUGACCUGCCCCGCGUCAGGCUACCCGCUGCACAAGAUCACCUGGAAGAAAGACGGCGUGCGCCUACCGAUGGGGCACCGGCAGAGGGUGUUCCCCAACGGCACGCUAGUCGUCGAACAGGUCAAUCGGAAAAAUGACGACGGCAUCUACUCCUGCACCGCCUCCUCCAAGCAGGGUCGCUCCGAUACUCAGCAGCUCACAGUGCGUGUUAUGGUGGCGCCGGUGGUGCUGCCUUUCCACUUUGAGGAGAGGUUACAGGAGGGCGACCGUGUAGGGGUGACCUGCAUCGUCAGCAAGGGCGACCCCCCCAUUACCUUCAAGUGGGAGAAGGACGGGCGCCCCCUGCAGGAGGUCGAGGGCAUCUCGGUGUCUAGCAUGAACCACUUCUCGAGCGCCCUCAUGAUCAGCCGUCUCACAGCGGAGCACAGCGGCGAGUACUCCUGCACAGCGUCCAACGACUGGGCUAAGAAAACGCAAUCCUCCACCCUUGCCGUCAACGUGCCCCCAGCAUGGCUAGUGGAGCCAGCCAGUGCCAGCGUGGCCCUCGGGGGCGUCGUGGCACUCCACUGCCUGGCUAAAGGCUUCCCCACGCCGACGGUCGUGUGGCGGAAAGAGACGGCCUCCGGAGAAUUCGCCGGCGUCGCGACCGGGGAAGGGGGCGUGGCCGGCUUCGAGAACGGCACUCUGCUCGUGAGUCGUGCCGAGCGACGCCACGAAGGCCGCUACCUGUGCGAGGCCAACAACGACGUGGGGGCUGGCCUCUCCAAGGUCGUCACCCUCAGUGUCAAUGAGCCGCCCUGGUUCGCCGUGAGGAGCCAGCGGCAGCAGGUGGUGGUCGGAGCCACGGCGUCGCUCACCUGCGAGGCCCACGGCGACAUCCCUCUGAAGCUGGUGUGGACGAGGGACGGCGCCCCCCUCCCCGCGCUGCCGAGAUAUGAGUUGUCGGAUCGGGAAGUUACAGGACCUCUUCCCUCGCCCCCCCCCCCCUGCCGCUUUCUAGACGUCCCCGGACCACCUUCGGGAGUGGGCGUGGUCGAGGAGGGCGCACGUCACCUGACCCUCACCUGGACGCCUCCUGAGGACUCCAACGCCCCCAUCUCCGCCUACAUCGUCACCUUUACCGCCCACGACAGCCAGCAGCCCCCAGACGGUCUCUUCAGCGGCCCGCGGGAGGUGACGGUGGAGGGUGACCAGCGGCGCGUCAGGAUCGAGGGUCUCCUGCCGUCCACGACCUACGAAUUCAGCGUCGUCGCCGAGAAUCGCGUGGGGCGCAGCCAGACCUCGACCCCCCUCAGGUUCAAGACGCAAGAGGAGGCGCCGUCGGGACACCCGCAGAACGUCAGGGUGGUGCCUGUGUCGUCAACAGCGCUUCAGGUGAGCUGGGAGCCGCCACCUGAGAACCUGACUCAUGGGACUAUCCUGGGCUACUACCUGGGCUACAAAGAUGACAGUGAGAGCGAAGGAGGGGCUUAUAACUUCACCACCGUGGGCGUAGACGGAGCGGGCGUAACUACAGCUACCUUGGCAGGACUACGCCCACACGCCCGCUACUCCGUGGUGCUACAGGCCUUCAACUCUCGAGGCGCUGGACCAGCCUCGCCGCCCGCCCUUGGAACCACGCUCGAGGACAAGCCUGGAGCAGCGCCGGGUCACGUGACCUGCGAAACGGUGACGUCAACAAGCCUCGUGGUCACGUGGUCUCCUCCUCCCCCAAGGCAGACCAAUGGCAUUAUCACUAGUUAUAGGGUCUCUUACUCUCAGCUCUCUUCUCACGAGGACGGGCGGAGCGGCAGCGUGGUCUCGGAAGGCCUGAGGGCGACGCUGGCGGGGCUUCGGCCCUGGACCAACUACAGCGUGAGCGUCGCCGCCUCCACUAGGGCCGGGGAGGGGGUGGCCUCUCUGCCGCUCGUCUGCACCACCGACCAGGACGUUCCCGAGGCCCCCGCCCGCGUUAAGGCUGUCGUGUCCGGCCCUCGAGCUGCCGUGGUGUCGUGGGCGCCACCCUCAAGUCCCCGCGGCCGCAUCACCAGGUACACUGUCCACUGGGCUUCCGCGGGUAGUCGGAGCGCCCCGCACACCCGUCGUGUCAGCCCGCACUUCACUCACCUCACUUUACACGACCUCUCGCACACGGCGCACGAGGUCUGGGUCACAGCUUCCACGAGGAUAGGCGAAGGACCUCGAAGCAGCGUUGCAAUGGUAACUCCUUCUCACACAGUGGGCGCGGGCAUUUGGGCUGUAGGCGGGAACCUGACGGCGGCGUGGAAGGAGGACGUGAGUUUGCCUUGUGGUGCUGUCGGGGUGCCGGAGCCAGUUCUGACGUGGAGUCACGAGAGAUUAGAAAUUCCCGACACACACCCCAGGUUCACUGUACAACCCGACGGCACGCUGACACUAACGGACAUACAGCGCAGUGACAGCGGCCGCUACACGUGCACUGCAUCUAACCACCAUGGUGACGAUUCCGUUACUUACAACCUCACUGUUCUUGUGCCUCCUUCAGCGCCAUCUCUCCACGUGACGGAAACUACGGCCUCGUCCAUAAGAGUGCAGUGGAGUGUUGAGGACACGGGCGGGGCGCCGCUUCAAGGGGCUACGCUACACUACAGGUAACGCCGAGUAUUAAGAGUAGAUUAAGAGAGGUACAGAUGGACUGGUAGAUAGAUGAAUGGAUAUGCAACGCAGGUUUUGAUGAAUAAGGGUGAAUACAGAUUAGUCGAUGGGUUGACUGGAUAGGUAUUCAGAUAUACUGAUAUAAGGACAUUGAUAAAUAGAUAGAUAUGUAAGCGGAUAAAUAGUUAUAGAUAUUUAUGAGUGUGCUGAUAAAGUUUUUACUCCCUCUCUCUCCUUCUCUCUCCGGCAUCAGGUCAGCCGGGCGGGGAGUGGAUGACAGCGGAGGUCCAAGGAUCCCAC